AUGGUACAAAGACAGCCACCCAGCCCGGACCCGAGUGGGCGGGAGAAAGUGGACCAGAAGGCCGGAGCCCCUCGGGGUGUGCCACGGGGCGGUGGGAACCCCUGGAAGAGGGUGCCCCCGCAGCCGGCGCACCCCCGGACAGCCCCAGGACCCCCGCACCUGGUCGCUCCCCCGGGGCCCCGGGGCCCCGGGGCGGUGGAAACCCCCGCCCCGCCCGCGCGCCCUCCGCUCCCCAGGAAGUUCUGGGGUGUUCCCCGGGCACCCCGGGUGUCGCAGCUCCCGGGGCCGCCGCGCGGGGUUCCCGCAGGUGAGCGCCGAGCCGGGAUCCCGCGCGCGCAUCCCCGGGGCGCGCAGACGCGGGGGGCCGGGGGGCGGCAGGCGUCCAGGUCCCCCGGGCCGACGGCUGCGGUCAAGUGCGGCGGCCGGCGAGGCGGGAGCAGCCGCGGGACGCCCCCCACCCCCGGGGACCCCCCGGCGGCGGCGACCCCCACGCCACCCCACCCCCCCACCCCGCACCCCCGCCGGGACCCGCGCAUCCGAACCCGGGACUCCGGCCUCGGCGCCCCGGGCAGCCCCACGAGCUUUGUUAGUGGCCCGGGGGGGCCCGGCACCGCCGUCGGGCUCCCCCGCAGGGCCCCGCACCCGGGGGUCCCCCCCGCCCCGAACUCCCAGGGGCCCGGCCGCCCCGCCGCCAGCCGAGCCGCACCUGUGCCCGCCGCCGCCGCCGCGCCGCUCGCCCGCUCCCUCCGCCUGUGCCGGCGCGACUCCGAACCCCACACACAUCGCUACACACGGCCUCUGACGUCACCGGGCCCUCGGCCCGCCCACGUCACUGCGGAGACACACGGCUUCCCGCAGACGCCGCCGCCGCCGCCGUCUCCGGCCGCCCGGGGGAGACCGCCCCAGCCGGCUGUCUGGGCCGCCCGCGCCCCGCCCCCGCCCCACCCGCCGCGCGCUGGGGCCCGGCCAGACCCGGGGGCGCCCCGGCCCCGAGAGACGGGGGGAGGGGGCAGGGCGGCCGCGCCGUGCACUGGGCGCGACCCCGGCCGCCGGCGGGGCGGGGGCGGGGCCCGCGGGCAGAGCGCCGCCGCCCGAGGUCAGGCGCGGGCGACACCCGCCGCCUCCCACCCCGCCCCCCGCCCCGCUCCCCGCGCGCGCGGGGUCGCAGCUGGGCCGCCCCGCCCCGCCCCGGAGGCCGCCGGGUGGCCCCCGGGGUCCCUCUCCGCCCCCCGCCCCGCCAGCUGCUGGCGCGGCGCCGCGCCCGCCCCGCCCCGCCCCGCCGCCGCCGCCUCCGCCCAGACGCCGCCGGGCCCCGGGCUGACCCCGCCGCCGCCGCGCCGCAGGGACGGGUCGGCCGGGCCCGGCGCGACCCGGGUGGCCCCGCCGCCGCCCUCCCCGCCUCCCUCCCUCCCUCCCGGGCCCACGAGGAACGGAGGCGGCGAGCUGCACCGCGCUGCUCGGCGCGGCGGGGGCGCCGCCGUCUGCGGGCGCGGGCCGAGCCCCGGGGGGCGGCCCCGGCCCCCGCCCACGUCGCAACCCGGAGGAAACCCCCCCUGGGCUGCAAUGCAGCCCGCCGCCGCCGCGGAGCAGGAACUGAAACGGCGCCCGAGUCGCGGGCCGCCUUCCCCCCUCUCCCCUCCCUCCCUGGGGCCCCGCUGCGGCGCCCCCGCUUUUCCGCGCUCGGAGGUCGCUCCCCGGGAGCCCUCGGGGGCAGCCCCCCGGCCCGCCGCCUGCAAAGACGCCGCUGCUCGCACUUUUUUUUUCCUUUUUUUUCCCUCCCUGAAAGCUGGCCCGCAAAGCUCCGACCUCCCCUCCCUCCCGACUCCCCAGUUCCCGUCUCUGCGCCCCCGCCGCCGCUGCAGCCGAGCUCCGGGGUCGCGCCCCCUCGCCCGCCCGCCCCCCUCUCCUCUCGACUACCUCUUUUCCAGAACAUGA